GUUGUGAGCCGGCUGUUGAACGGAUGUGUUGUUUGUUUCGAAGUGUUUCACGUCGUCUGUACAAGUUCACAUUGUUUGUUUACCAGUGAUGUGCGUGGCCUUCGUGCUGUUGUAAGUGUGUUACCAAUGGUUCGUAACGCGACGAGGAUGGAACCUACGUUCUACGAGGAAAACACCAUGCGCCAGCGAUACUGUGGUGAUAACGUUAAGGUUCUGAAGAGAACUAUGACUUUGGACUUGAACGCGAACAGCGGCCAGCCCGUCAAGAGGAUGAAGUUGGUUCCUGUGUCCACCCCGGCGCCCAUGUUGUCGUCACCGGACUACAAGAAGCUCAACAUCAACACACCCGAGAUAGAGAAGAUGCUAAUGGGUCAAUCUGGACUUCCUACUCCCACGCCGGGACUCUUCCCCAAACCUAUCACUGAGGAGCAGGCCGCGUUUACCAGAGGGUUUGAAGAAGCCCUGCACGAACUCCAACACCACAGCGACUCCAGUCAGGGAGCGAUUCAACAUGUCGAUCUACCCAGGAGUAGUAGCAGCAGCAGUUCUUCGGGAAAUACCUACAUGACCCUCGACUCCCAGUACCCUCCCAGCUUCGGCCUCUUGUCCAACGGGGAUAACAUCACCGUCAAGGAGGAACCUCAGACUGUGCCACUGGGACCUACACCUCCGAUGUCACCCAUCGACAUGGAGAGCCAGGAGAGAUACAAACUGGAGAGGAAGAGGGAGAGAAACAGAGUGGCAGCGUCCAAGUGCAGACGAAGGAAGCUGGAGAGGAUCGCUCGACUUGAGGAUAAAGUCAGGGGGUUGAAGACGGAGAACAGUGAGUUAAGUAAUGUAGUGGCCAAGCUCAAAGAACACGUUUGUUCGCUAAAGGAACAAGUCUUGGAGCAUGUACAGAGUGGUUGCCAAAUAGUGUUAUCGUCAGGGCAUUUUUCUGCCUGUUAGCACCCGUGGAGCUUAAUUUUGUAAGCUAAUAUUUUUUUAUGUAUAUAUAUUUAUAUACUAGAUAUAAUCAAGCAAUAUUGAAGUCAUCUUCCUUCUGUGCCACAAAAUUUGUAAUAUCUAAUGUGCUCAAAGAUAUGUUUCGGACUUUAUAAAUCAAACAAGUAAGUUGGGCUAUUUCCAUUCAAGAUGACCGUAGGCCUAUUUCAUGUUUCACAAGGUUGGAACUUAUGAAUCAAUCAGAAAAUUGGAAUUCUGUCUUUAAAGAUAAAAUCUUUUAUUUGACCAUCUGUCCAGCCGUAGAGAGCAAUUCAAUGUUCUUGAAGAUUUAUUGUUAGGCCUACUAUAUUGAUAGUAAGGUUGAUUCAGAGGCACAAUUAAUCCUCUAUGAGUCAUAGAGCUGUGUAUAAAGUAAUUUUAAGUUAACCAAUAGUUGUAAGCAGUAUAACAGAGGCUAUUUAUAGGUUAGGUUUAGAAAAUGUGGCCUCAACUGUUUUUGUUGUUAUUUCUAGUCAAAACUCGUGAGGCCAGCAUUACGUGAUACCGUUCCCAGUUCUUUUUUUACAAAGCCUAGAUUACUGUUUACAGUACUGUACUAAACAUAAAAUUAUUUCUCUUCAAAACGAAUGUACUGAAGGUGUCAUGUACACACUCCGCUUAACAUUCAGUUAACGUAGGCUACUUCAUACAGCACAAACAUACAGAAGCUUGUAGGCUAACUCAAGUACCUACCCUUUUAGUUUACACACAGAUUUUAGGAAGCUUAAAUUGAAUUUGAGUAACACGCUACCUGAUUCUUGGCAGAUUACCAGCCAAAAUUGUUGAAGGACUGAUAAUCUGUCAUGGAACAGUUAAAUGAUUAAUAUGGUACAUUCCAACUUGCUCCUAUAACCGAGUUUAUCUAACAAACUCAUCUUGUGCUCUGUACAAAUCAGCUGAUUUCAGGUGGUACGUCCAGCAAUAAGAGAAUAAUGGGCGAUUCUACUUCGUCUUAUUCUCCGGUUGCUGUACGUAGCAUUUUGAAUUGCUUAGAUAGUGCUUGCGACUUCAUCAAAUGAUGCUCGCUAAGUCACUUUUCUUGUCGCUACAGUAAACCCUGAUCACUAGGCCCGAGUUUAUACAAUAAUUUAGGCUUUGUCACUCUAAAUUAUUAGGCAGUGCUUGUUAUACUAUUUGUUACCAUUGUGUUUACUUUUCACUUUUAAUCCAUUUUCAUAACGAUUUAGGCCUAGGCCCUAUCAGGUUUUUUGCUCCAAUUAAUUCACAACUAUUCAACUAAGCAAUCGAUCAUGAGCAUAUUCAAUAGCUUAGGCUAAUCUUUUGACGAUCAACCCGAGUCAAUUCGACUGGGACUGGAACAUUCGGUCCUGUGUGUUCGAUAAAUAUAAAAUUUUAAAACUGUGGUUAUAGGCUAUUCUCAAUUUUGUACUGUAAUAAGAAAUUAUUUUGAAAGAAGCCUGACUAAGAAAUUAUUAUUUUCUGCUAUUUACAGUUUUUAAAAUCACAUAAUGUUCAUGAAGUAAUUUUGUCUACCAAUUAGCUUCGGUUUUCAAUUAGAGUUUACUGCAAAUCAAUCGUGCCAGUAAACUUCUUUGUUGUGUUGAAUGUUUUAGUUUUAAAUUGUUUUGCUUUAAAAAGUCCACUUCAUGCAAUAAUUAUUGUUUUAAGUAUACUUAGUUUAAUUUGUAAAUCUAUAAAGGCAUAAUUAAAAUCACAAGGAUCGUUUUUUGUUAAAAAAUUAUGAAAUGUUUCAUUUGGCACACAUCCUACAAAUUAAAAAUAUAUACUGGUAGCCUAUAUUUCAAAUGAUUACCGAGGGAAUGUAACCCAAAAAUAUUUGCUGGUGUUAAACUUUACUGUAGGCCUAAUCCCUGUGAACCUUUUUUUAUCUCAAAGUUCAAUAGAUACUUUUACCUGUAGGCCCUACAUCCAUCCAAACAUAAUUCUUAAUGUCAACCUUAGCAUUCUUGUGGUCUAAUUUGUACCUUUUAGAUUAUGACUGUGAUUAAAUUAGGAAAUUAGGAUAGAAUAUAGCUUGUAAGUUUGCACAUUCCUAUGUAAGAUUUGCUCCAAAUGAGUAUUAUUGCAGAUUUAUAAAACUAAAGUUGAUGUAAUCAUGCAAUUCAUUAGAAGAACAUUUUAAAAUCUCAAAGCUUAUGGAUAGAUCAUUUAAUAUAUUUGUUACAAUUAUGUAUUUUUUAACUAUUGUACACUAAAGAUAUAGUUAUCCAGUUAUUAUUUUUAUGACGUUCAAUCAGGUUGUCAUACCAUAGAACCAUACAUUAAUAUAAUGUUAUUUCAUGUGCAAUUGUCUUUGAAUACCAUUUAUUUGCCAUAUUGUAAAUGUAGAGCAAUAAUCUAAAAUUUCUUUUGAUCACAUUUAGUUUGAGUUCUUAAAUCAUAGGUGUUCUAAUAUUUUACAGAGACUAUACAAUCGCUAUUUGCGUCUCUUAUACACUAUAAUAAUGUCGUGCCUUGUGUAUUUUUGAUCUGCUAUACAUUUUAUACUGAAGUGUGUUUAUAUGUAUGCUAACUGAGCCCCUUUCUAUUUUUAUACUAUAGGCUAUAUCCAGUUAGUUGACAGUGUGUUGCAAUCAUAACAAAGUAUGUGAUCCAUUAUGACUAAGAUUUCAAUAUUUUCAAUUGCGUUUUCAAAGAUAUGUUUAUAUGAUGAAAUAAACCAUUAUUACCAUCA